CGUCAGAUAGCAGGGGUGUGCUCCUGUCAAACGAGUUCCUACAGACAGAAAUUAUAGCAUUUUCUUGUUCUUACGAUCAGCGCUUGACUCACUUGUCUCAUUGUAGCAGUAGGGAGGACUUGCUGACCCCGUCCGCCAGUUGUCAGGGUGGCCGAGUGGUCUAAGGUGCAGACUCAAGGGCAAAGGCUUAUGUAACGAAGGCAUGCGCAGUGUACGUCACCAGUGCAUUUGAUCGGUCAGACAUCCACAUCCUCCUCCCCCUCCUCCUUCAUACCAGCACGCGAUCGUCUCGGUGAGCUUCAUUCCUCGUCACACAGGUACAUUUACCGUGAACUUACACUGUGGAGGAGCUUCACACUUCACAACAAUCAUGGCCACUACAGAGCGGGUGUUGGUGACGGGAGCAUCUGGGUACAUUGCGGGUCACGUGAUCAAGCUGCUACAAGAAGAGGGCUACAGUGUGCGCGGCACGGUGCGCAGUCUCAAAAACGAGGCCAAGAUCAAACACCUGCACAACCUGUGUCCUGGGGCCAAACAUCCGCUGGAACUCGUGGAGGCCGAUCUUGAUGUGGAAUCGUCAUGGCAACCGGCCGUGAAGGACAUGACGUACGUUGUUCACGUGGCCAGCCCCUUUCCCCUGGAACUCUCAGUGAACGAGGACGAGCUGAUCAGGCAGGCCAGAGAGGGAACUCUCGCUGUCCUUCGCGCAUGCGCCAAUGAGGGGAGCGUGAAGCGAGUGGUGCUCACUAGCUCGGUGGCUGCUGUGGACUACAGCCCGCAGUCAAACGUGAUUCCACUGACGGAAGAGAACUGGAGUGAUGUCACCAAAGUGGAUGCCUACUCCAAGAGUAAGACUUUAGCGGAGAAAGCAGCCUGGGUCUUUGUCAAAGACCUCCCAGAACAAAAGAAAUUUGAACUGGUUGUGAUCAAUCCUGCCUUCGUUCAAGGCCCGGUACUCCACGGUUCAUCGUGUACAAGUAUAGUGCCGAUUAAGCGAAUGCUGGAGAGACAGAUGCCCAUGUUGCCCGCACUCAACUUCAACAUUGUUGACGUCAGAGACGUGGCUCUUGCGCAUGUGCGAGCGAUGACGUUACCGGAAGCUGCCGGUAAUCGUUUCAUCUGCAGCAACGUCAACCUGUGGUUCAGCCAGAUGGCGCUUCUCCUCGACGCCGUCUUCAGACCUCAAGGUUACAACGUGCCCACUUGCACGGCCCCGAAGCUGAUUCUGCGCGUGGCCAGUCUGUUCGACAAGUCUUUGAGGUCGUUGUUACCGCAGGUUGGCGUCGUUCACACCUUCGACAAUUCAAAGAUGCGCCAGGUGUUGAAAGUGGAGCCACGUGAUGUGAGGGACACCAUCAUCGAGAUGGCCCACUCACUGAUACAGGGCGGCUUUGUCAAGACCACGCCCGGCUACCGCGGACCCGGCGGGCCGGAGGAACGUCAGCUGUACAUGGCAGUGAAGCUAUAGACAGUUUGAUGAACGUCAGCUGUACAUGGCAGUGAAGCUAUAGACAGCUUGAUGAACGUCAGAUGUACAUGGCAGUGAAGCUAUAGGCAUGGUAUGAUGAACAUCAGAUAUGCAUAGCAAUGAAGCUAUAGGCAUAGUUUGGUGAACGUCAGAUGUAUAUGAUGUUUUGAUGAGCGUUAGAUAUACAUGACAGUAAAGAU